GCCGCGUUGGAGGCGCCGUUACCGGAUGCGCGCAGCUUGUUUCAGGGGAGAUCCGCCUCAUCAUGUGAUUCCUCCCGGAGGAAACUGUCAGAAUGAAAAUAAGAUGUCCCCACUACGCACAUAGAUUGAGACACAGGUGCUUCCUGUUUUCUCUGUCUCUGCUGGCGGUCUGUCUGCUCAAGCUGGUCCACGUCAAAGUGACGGUGAGGGACGGCGUCUACAUCGAGCCCUUCGGGAUCACGGCUGGCCUCUCCGGAACCCUGAAGCACGGGUACGACAUCAACUGCACCGCCGUCUACGAGCUCGACCCCGUGGAGAUAGGCAAGACUCUCGCCAUCAAGCGGAAGGUCGUCGUCGACGUGGACGACGACAGCACGGUGACCUUGACCUCGGACUGCCAGACCUUCAUCAGAGCGAGGGGUUACAAUGGGGUCCCGGUGUCGGAGGCGGAGCGGGGCUUCCCGUUGGCUUAUUCCCUGGUGGUGCACAAGAACGCGCCCAUGGUGGAGCGCAUCCUCCAUGCCAUCUACGCGCCGCACAACGUCUACUGCAUCCACUACGAUCAGAAGUCCUCUCCGGCGUUCAUAAAGGCUGUUCAGAACCUGGCCCGCUGUGCUCCCAAUGUGUUCAUCGCAUCGAAAUUGGAGUCAGUGGAGUACGCGCACAUCAGCAGGCUUAACGCCGACCUGAACUGCCUCUCCGACCUGCUGAGGUCGGAGGUCAAGUGGAGGUAUGUCUUCAACCUGUGUGGCCAGGACUUCCCUCUCAAGUCCAACCACGAACUGGUCGCAGAGCUGAAGCGGCUGAACGGCAGCAACAUGCUGGAGUCAAGCCGGCCCAGCAAGCUCAAAAUGCAACGCUUUGGCUUCCGGCACGAGCUGAAGAACGUGCCUUACGAGUACCGGCGCAUCCCCGUCAAGACCGCGGCGCUCAAAGACGCCCCGCCGCACGGCCUCGAGAUGUUCAUCGGGAGCGCGUAUUUCGUCCUGUCGCGCAAUUUCGUCGAUCACAUCAGCAGCAGCCGGGUGGCGAAGGACUUUCUGGCGUGGUCCGCCGACACAUACUCGCCAGACGAACACUUCUGGGCCACCCUGGUCAGGGUCCCCGGGGUGCCCGGACACAUUCCCAGGUCGGAGGCCGACGUCACCGAUCUGAAGAGCAAGACGCGACUCGUCAAGUGGAACUACUUAGAGGGGAACCUUUACCCGGCCUGCACGGGCGCACACAUGCGGAGCGUCUGCAUCUACGGCGCGGCCGAGCUCCGCUGGCUCCUCAACUACGGCCACUGGUUCGCCAACAAAUUUGACCCCAAAGUGGACCCGGUCCUGAUCCAGUGUUUGGAGGAGAAGCUGAUGGAAAAAAGAAAGUAUGUGCAACCACGAAACUGAGAGGGAAGAGGGAGGAGAGCGUGGUUCCAGUAUGUGUUAGGUUGCUUGUCACAGCUGCAAAAGGACAUGAAGGAACUUCAAUCGUUGAGAUGCAGGCGAGUGUUUCCAUUUCUUCAGCCUCACGACCUACUCGGCCCGUCGCCAGGAAAACCGUUUGUUGAGAGUUCGGGGUUUGAUGACGCGGGCAAACACGAGACUUUCACCCAGGAGACCACGGCUCGUGUCCCGUGUGAAACCAAAAGGUAAACGCUGGCUUUACGGAACAAGGUCCGCUAAGGGCUGUUGCUAUUCCCUUACACUAGUUAUAUUGUUAUUACUUGACGUUAUAGUAAUAGAGUAUCACAAUAUGCCCCCCGUAGUGCUCUGACCCGUUUGUAAUAAAAUAAUCGAUAGAUUCAAGGCAGCAUAAAUCGCCAUAACACUCGACUCUGGCGCACCGAUCUCCCCCUGCUGGCGGUCAUAGCUCCGGCUGAAGGUCGGAGCGCUUUGUAGAUUUUUAUCACUUCAGAAAAAUGGCAGAUGACUUCAUAGCUUUAUGAUAAAUCCGACCAAUCGUUACACACCGUCAAUCAUACGAGGCCGAUGUAUGAGCUAUUCGUGAAACAUGUUUUUG